AAUAGAUUAGAUCUCACCACGACAACAUUACAGUCAACGUGUGAGCUAAAAAUAUUUAUCAGUUUCAUAUUUUUAAAAUCCAACUGCUGAAAAAAAUCUACAAAAUGCGUGAAUGUAUUUCUGUUCAUGUCGGCCAGGCUGGAGUGCAGACAGGCAAUGCCUGUUGGGAAUUGUACUGUUUAGAACAUGGUAUCCAACCUGAUGGUCAGAUGCCAUCAGAUAAAUCUAUUGGAGGCGGUGAUAAUUCCUUCAACACUUUCUUCAGUGAGACUGGUGCUGGUAAACAUGUACCUAGAACCGUAUUCAUUGACCUUGAACCAACGGUUAUCGAUGAGGUAAGAACUGGCACAUACCGCCAACUCUUUCAUCCAGAACAACUUAUUUCUGGCAAAGAGGAUGCUUCGAAUAAUUACGCCAGGGGUCACUACACGGUUGGUAAAGAAAUCGUCGACUUAGUUCUCGAUAGAAUUAGGAAAUUGGCGGAUCAAUGUACAGGUCUUCAAGGGUUUCUAAUCUUUCACAGCUUUGGUGGAGGGACCGGUUCCGGAUUUACUUCCCUUCUUAUGGAAAGAUUGAGUGUUGAUUACGGAAAGAAAUCCAAACUGGAAUUUGCAGUUUAUCCAUCGCCUAAUUUAUCUUCAGCAGUAGUCGAGCCCUAUAACUCUAUCCUUACUACCCACACCACUUUGGAACAUUCCGACUGUGCCUUUAUGGUUGAUAAUGAAGCUAUCUACGAUAUAUGCCGUCGUAACCUAAAUGUCGAACUUCCUACUUAUACGAAUCUAAAUCGCCUUGUUGCUCAGGUUGUUAGCUCCAUCACUGCCUCUCUUCGAUUCGAUGGGUGUUUAAAUGUUGAUUUGUCCGAAUUUCAGACCAACUUGGUGCCCUAUCCACGUAUCCAUUUUCCCCUCACCACGUAUGCUCCAAUCAUCUCAGCCGAAAAGGCUUUUCAUGAAUCGCUUACUGUUUCGGAAAUCACUAACGCUUGUUUUGAGCCAGACAAUCAAAUGGUCAAAUGUGAUCCUCGUCACGGAAAGUACAUGGCCUGCUGUAUGUUGUACCGAGGAGAUGUUGUUCCCAACGAUACAAAUAAAGCUAUCGCUGUGAUUAAAACAAAGAGAACCAUUCAGUUCGUUGAUUGGUCACCCAAUGGUUUUAAACUUGGGAUCAACUACCAGCCACCUACCGUUGUACCAGGGGGUGAUUUAGCCAAAGUACAGAGGGCUGUUUGCAUGUUGAGUAAUACCACUGCUAUUGCCGAGGCAUGGGCUCGCCUAGAUCAUAAAUUUGAUCUAAUGUACGCCAAGAGAGCUUUCGUGCAUUGGUAUGUUGGCGAAGGUAUGGAAGAGGGUGAAUUCUCUGAGGCUAGAGAAGACUUGGCUGCCCUGGAGAAGGAUUAUGAAGAGGUCGGCGCUGACUCAAUAGAAGAUGAGGACGGAGAAGAUGAAUACUGAAUGUGACUUAAAUGGGCAAAAUACUAUGCCAACGGCACCAAACACCACAGAUGAUUUUGAAAUGGAUUUCGCUUUGAUAUAUUAAAGUGAAUUAAAAAUUAAAAAAAAAAACAACAAUUAAAUAUAUUCUAUUUUCUUAAUAAAAUACAUUCAUGCAGCUGUC